UGUUCGUGUGCGUGUGAGUGCGACUGUGUGCAGGGGUCCACCGCUUUUCGGUUUUAGUUAAUUUUUGUAAUUUGUCAUGGAGCUGUACGCAAGGACGUCACUGUCAGCAAUACUGCUUGGCCUCCUGCUGUUAUGCGGCUCGGCAAGUGCUUGGCACUCCGAGGAGUUAGAGAUUUUUGAUCUCGUUGAGGAGGUCAACAAAAACUUUUACGAGUUUAUGGGCAUCAAUCAGAAUGCCACGAAUAAUGAAAUAAAGCGCGCCUUUCGCACGCUCUCCAUUGUGCUGCAUCCGGACAAGAAUCCGUCCGAGGAUGCCAACAUCCAGUUUCGCAAUCUCGUCUCCAUCUACGAGGUGCUCAAGGACGCCUCCAAACGGGAAAAAUACGACAAGGUCUUGCGCGACGGCAUGCCAAAUUGGAAGUCCGCUCUCUACUACUAUCGUCGCAUGCGUAAGAUUGGCCUCUACGAAGGCGCCUUCAUCCUGUUCCUAAUCAUCACGGUCGGCCAGUAUCUGUUCGCAUGGGCCGCCUACCUAGAGAAGAAGUACACGGCCGAACAGGUGUUUGGCACAAAGCUGAAAAAGCUUCAAAAGCGAAACAAAAACAUUGACAUGGACGUUAUUCUGAGCGAGAUCCCAAUUCCAUCGCUGCUCAAUACGCUGCCAAUUCAAAUACCACUUGGCAUAUGGAAUCUGCCCAAAACCAUAAAAAAUGGAUUCACCAAAGCCAAUGAGCUAAAGCAACUAGCAUUGGAGAAGCGCAGACAAGAAAUUGAGGCGGCGCGUCGCCAGGAAGAACUGGAGCGCGAGGCUGAGGAGCAGACACGUCUGCGUAAGGAGCACAAAGAGAAUUUGCGCAAGCGCAAACAGAAUACAAAGGCGCCGGAGAAAACUGAGGAGGAACUACGCGGAUAUUCGCAGAUACAGGCGAGAGAGCUAACCGAAGACGACGCAAUACGUCCAGCUUCUCAAAAGCAGAAUACCGUUAGCGGAGGCUUUUGGACAGAUGAGGACCUGACCGAACUCAUACGACUAGUGAAAAAAUAUCCUGGUGGUGCUGGUAGCCGUUGGAAUACCAUAGCCGAGUCCAUGAAUCGCACCGUGCAAGAGGUGACAUUCAUGGCGGCUAAAAUGAAGGAGAAUGGCUAUCGCAUACCCGGCCACACGGACAGCGUCGCCGAGAACCUUGUCCAGGACUCCCAAGAGGCGGUGCGCAAGGAGAAGGUGAAAAAAGGCACGACCAUGGCUAAUGAAAAGAGCAUGCUUAUACCAGAGACCAACUGGACUCAGGAGCAACAGCGCGCUUUGGAGGCGGCAAUUGUGAAGUAUCGAAAGACCGCCGGAGGUGCGGAUCGUUGGCAAAAGAUUGCCAACAGUGUGCCUGAAAAGACUAAGGAGGAGUGUCUGGUGCGCUACAAAUACUUGUGUGAACUGGUCAAGACACAGAAGAAGGCCGAGGAGGAAGAGGCAGACCCAGCCAGCAUUGACGAGGCUGCUCUCCCAGAGGAUGAGGCGCCCGAGCCAGAGGAGGCAACAGCGACAGCUGUUCCUGCUCCUGCUGCUGCUGACCUGGUGCCAACUAAAAAGCUGAGCAAACGUGAGCAACGACGACGCAAACGCGAUCUGUCCAGUGAUGAUGACUCCGAUGAUGCAUAUCAGUACGAAAUCAGUUAGUUUCGUUAGCAGCCGAUGCUUGCUACGCCUACCCUAAGCCUAAGGCCAUUUCAAACUUGGCCAACAAUCGUGACUCAUAUCCAAACAGGCAUUAGUUGCACGUAUGCAAAUUAAGAAAAUAUAGCUCAGCUUAUGCAUAUAUAUAUAUAUAUAUAUAUAUAUAUAUAUGUGUAUAUAUAGUGCUGGUACCAAGUGAGCAUUUUUUCUAACUUAAAUUUAGUAAACGUAUUUUCGAUCCGACAAGAAAAUGGUAACAAUUGAACACUAGUUGUUUCUCACUCUAAUUGAUGUUUUUCUUUCAUUUCAAAAAUAAUAUUUUCCUUUAGCAUAAAUCGAGUGUCAAAUGGGUGUGGUAUUGAUAAGAUUAUACAUUUUCAUGGCUCAAAAUUGAGAGUAACAUUUGAUUGCAUCAAAUCUAGUUUAGAUCGCUUGUUUUAUCUUUUGUAUAUAAAUGUAUUUUUUUAAUUAUAACAUA